AUGUUUGUGAAGAUUGUUUUGUACACCGCCCGUCUCCCUCAGACUGUAACCGAAGCUCAGCCGCACCAGACACACUAUGCAGACUCCGACAGCGGCGAUGACUCCGAUAAGAGGUCCUGUGAGGAGAGCUGGAGGCUCAUCUCUUCUCUCAGAGAGAAACUGCCUGCUAACAAGAUGCAGUCUAUCGUGAAGAAGUGUGGUUUGCCCAGCAGUGGGAAGAGGAGGGAGCCGCUGCGUGUGUAUCAGAUCCCACAGCGCCGACGCAUACCCGGCUCCCAGGAGCCCAAACACAGACUCAGCCUGGAAGAGCUUCGCACACAGGCUGUUAAAGAGAUCUGCUAUGAGGUGGCGCUUGGAGACUUUCGGCACACACGGCAAGAGAUCGAGGCCUUGGCCAUUGUCAGGAUGAAGGAGCUUUGUCGGACAUACGGGCAAAAAGACCCUCAGGAGCGAGAGACUUGGAAAAGUGUGGCGAAGGACGUAUGCGAGACUGUGGGCAUCGGAGAAGAGGAGGGAGACCGGGAGGAAAGAACAACAGCAGGAGGAGGAGGGAACGAGGGAGGAAAGACCGAUAUGGGAGAUCUCAAGGCUCAUAUUGACAAGUUGACUGAUAUACUGCAGGAAGUGAAGAUACAGAAUAAUAUGAAGGAUGAGGAGAUACGAUCGCUAAGGGAUCGCAUGGUGAAGAUGGAGAAAAUAUUCCCUGUCGAAGUUCAGGGAGACGAUGAGGACGUUGAAAUUGACGGGGCCAGAGAUGAUAAACCGGCAGCACAAGUCCACCGACGCGAUGAGGAUUCUGGGUACCGGCGGGGUCGUCAUCGUUGGCAGUACCCGGAGAAGUACCACGACCCUAAACGCCGCAGAGGAACCAACAAUCAGCCGAACAGCGUCCUCUACACCGCUCCCUCGGGACACUCUCAGAACAACCCGUUUAGUACAGCAUCAUCUCGGUUCUCAAAUCCAUCCUUCAAUCCUCAAAGCUCUCGCAACCCCAACGGGCCUUUCAUGCCAGGCACCGGACGCUUUUUGCCGCCUCAAGAGAGGAAGCUACAGUUCCCGUUUAAGAAUAAUCCCCAGCACAGAGGCUUCUUCUGGGGACCGUCUGCACACCAAGAAGGUGGACAGGACCCAUCGGCUCAGUCUACCACUGAUUUGGUUCAUACCUUCCAAUCUUCUCCCGUACCAAACAAGGGCCAAUGGCAACACAAUCAUCAUCAACAACAACGGCGCAAUCAGGGGAACUGGGGUAACAGGCAACGGCCACGAAACAGGGGACGCAAUCCAUUCGAUGGAUAUUUAACCAACGAGCAGGCUGGGAACGCUGAGCGGAGAGACGGUGGGCAGCACAAGCAAGGUAGAGCACGUUACACCUGGUACAAUCCCAAUUUUGCUUCAGAUCAGUCUGUUGGAGAUGGAUUCCAGCACUAUAACUACAACCAAAGCCGCCAAGGUCUUUACAAACACCCCAACCACUACCAGCACCCUCAUACGCAGGACAACCCUCCAGAGAUGACCCAAUUUAGGUCUGAAGCCAAUCCCAAUCCACCUUCUAUCCCAGAUUACAACAACACCCCCAUGGAGACCUGAUUACACCUGAUCUUGCGCGUUGUUCUCGGAAAGGAAACCUCGGGACCCUCAGAUACAGUGUUGUGGUUUGUUGUGGGAGGGUUUUAGAUGAUGAAAUGUGCAAUAACAAUGCUGUACGAAAGAAGACGAAACAUUUUAUGCACCAGAAUUUUUUAUGUACAUAUUGCAGUUUCGACAUGUGCGCACAUAUCUAUAUGUUAUUCAGAUGUAUAUAUAUAAAAGUAGGUUAUCAAUUGAAAGCAUACGUAUUUGCAAGAGAAUUGAGGUUCUUAUGUCGCACAAUGCACUGCAACGUUUAUAUUAUGCGAUGGUUGAAUGAAGAUAUUUGGAGAGUUUUGUUGGAAAUCUAAUGAUUUUUACAUUGUGCCUUCUUGAAAAGCCAAAGAAUUUGGUGAUUUAUUAGCCUCAUUACCUUUUUUUUAAAGUUGCUGUUUUUCCUCCUUUUUUAUCUUGCUGUUCAUUUAUGUCCUUUUAUUCUUGCAUCCUGAGGGGCAUGUGUUUUAGAAAUUGUCUUCUGUU